UGAUCUCUGCUGACGUCAACGAUAUCAAGGUCGAAUCGGCUUAUCUGGAAAUGAAAUUGGUUUACCCUUAUAUGAUGAUCGGCUGAUGCUCGUGCAGGAGCUGUGUGAUCAGAGUUUAGAGUCUUUGGUUUUUGGAACGAAAGACAAGCAGUGUGGGUCAUUUUCCAAUGCAUUGCGACGGGGAGAAACGCAUGAGUUUUUCUUCAAUAUGUGCUCAUCGAUAUGUGAGGGUCUAUGUUACAUGCAUAGUAUAGGGUACUUACACAGGGAUUUGAAACUCUCAAAUGUUCUGGUUAUAAAUGGUGUUGGAAAACUGAGCGACUUGGGAUUUGCCAGAGCAGAAGCUGUCAUUACUGGAACAGCAGUUGGUACUUUGUCGCAUAUGGCACCAGAACUUCUAGAGGAAAAAGUGUAUAGUUUCAGCUCAGAUGUGUAUAGUUUGGGUAUUCUCACAUGGGAACUUUGGUAUGGUACUCGGUCUUAUUCAGAUGCAGAUUUUGCUGGUUACGGUGUUGCCCAAUUUAUCGAUGCAGAAAAGCGUGGGGAGAGGCCAAAAUUUGAUAAGGAACAUACAAUGAUGGACGAAUUGAUCAAUUUGGUUGAACAAUGCAGGGGUCAUGAUCCGAAACAACGUCCAACCGUGCAACAAGUAGGCACAAUCCUGCGAAGUAUCGAUGAAAAAUAUCGGAGAGAUAUUUCCAGAUAGUUACUAAAUUACUGGACCCUGUAUAUUUAGUUUACUCAAAGCUGAAAGAAAAGUAUACUUGUAGAUAGAAUAUAUAUACUAUAUAGUUUUAUAUUGACACCAAAUGACCUAGAUCAUUGCGUUUAAAAUUUAAGAGAACCAAUAAAUAGACAGGUGUAGAUAGCCUAUCAAUUUGACACUAAACGAUUUUUAGAUAAGGUACAUAUUACCGGUUCCUUUGUUAAUUAGUAUUUUGGAGAUAACAUGCAUAUUUUUAUGAUUUUGAUUUGUUAAUGAGCAAGAAAUCAUUAUUUUAGAAUAAAAUUAGGUAAAAUAGGUAUGAUAAUUAUGUAAAAUUGUUCGGAAAACAGAAAAAUGACGAUGUAGAGAGUUGAAAGCAAAAUAAUAACUUCUUUUAUAUUCAUAUAUCUGUUUUAAAAGAUAAGGGGUAUUUCAGUUAGGAAUGGUUCACUGCAACAAUCGAAUUCUUUUUUCUAACAUGUUUGUGAUAAUUACAAUUUGACAAACCAUAAUUAGACUUAAGAUGAAUACUUUUUCUUAAAUAUGUGCUCAUCGAUAUGUGGUGCUCUAUGUUACAUGCAUAGUACAGGCUACUUACAUGCUCACAGAGUUAUAAAACUCUACAAAUGUUCUGGUAUGACAUAUUAAAAUAUUUAUGAAUAUAUAACUAAAUGUAUACUCAUGCAAGUUAGUUCUUGUUUAUAUCAUAACAUUGCAUGGCAUAAUCUUUAUUUGCAUGAACAUUCACAUGUAUAACAAAUAUACAUUCAUUUACAAAGGACAUAAACGUAUUACAAUAAGUGUACACUGUUCACGGAAAAAUCAAACAAAUGACGAUUUAAUUGACUUACCUCUUCCGAUGGAUGUUAUCAUAAUAUGCGUGAUGUGAUGUAAUGUUAAAUUUAACGAAGCACUCUUUCUUUUGGAAUGCAUAGUAUAAUCAUUUUCAUAAAUUGAUUAGUUCUCUAAGACUUUAAGAUUUUGCAUGUCAUCAGUUAUUAUUUUUUAAGGUAAUUUAUGCUAAAUUCAAAGCCUCUAUUAUGAAAAGUAUUCAUUUUCAGUGGAGUUGGGCAGUGUGCAUGAUGUGUGAUUUCAAACCUACCGGUAGCCAAUUUUUUGUAGUACUCUGUAUAUUUUUUGUACCAUAUAAUUAUGGUUUUCUUGUUCAUUUCUUUUUUAAUUCUUUAAUGCAGAACUAUUUGAAAUGUUUAUUUAGGUACCUAUUAGUGUUAAUAAUAAAAAGUAGGGUACUUGUACAACUUUAGAUGUUCAUAUGAAUGGUAAACAUCCCUUACACUUUGCACAAAUUGUCAGAAUUGUUUCAAGAUAAAUAUUAUAUUUAUAUAUUAGGAUGACCCAUCGAUAGAUUACAAAUGUUACUCAGUCUGAUAUUCUAAACAUUUUCUUUCAGAUAUGCAUUUCUCUUCAUUUCAAACUACGAUUGUUUCUUACCGCCCUAAAGAAUAAACAUGAAAUAAGUAAAAUUGUUCAUUAACUGAUGUGUUGUUCUAUUUAACUAAUAAAAAAUUUGAAUUUAAUCAUCAAUACUUUUUAAACAAAAUAGUAAUUUAAAUAAUUAUGCUUUUGUUUAUAUGUAUGUCAAUAAUAUGAUAAAGUUUAAUAAUGUCAACUUUUAAAUGUCUUUUUAAAUUGUAACAAUUUCUGCUACACAUCUUAAAACCUUAAUAGUAGACCAUCUAUGGCAAUGUAAUUUUUAGAUUUAAGACAGUUUACAGUUACUAUUACAGUUUGUGAAAAUACAGAGCCUUCGAUAUCUCUAAAUUAUAAAAAGCUUGCACCAGCGACUGUCUUUUUUAUGUCCCAUUCCCUAUCUGAAAGCUAGUGGCGGCCGGCGAAUAGACAUUUUGUGAUACUGGCAAUACUGGUUUCUGCUUCCCAUGUUCGCGCAACAGUGUCAAUGUUUUGUUGGUGUUCAUUUACAUUUGUGAAAAUAGGCUAUUUUGUGAAUGAAGAUUUGAAAGACUAGUAUUGUUUGAAGAACUUUGAUCACUUAUUUUCUAGAACAUACUGUUGCAAAGCAUUAUGCAGUUUGUUCCAUUUGCUUGUUUUGAUUUUGUGACAAUUGUUUGUAUAGAUUUGGAAGGGAUGCCCUGACAUAAUUUUUUGUGCCCGGUAUCCCGUUCUUCUAACUUUGUUUAUUGAUGGAGUAGUGCCUAUACAAUGUCAAAAAAUUAUUACAUGUAAUAUCAAUGAGUGAAAGAAAUUGUAAACGCUAGUAUGUAUGACUAUACAAUAAAAUGUGUUUCAAGUUUUA